AUCAAGCAAAAACUGAAAUAAAGCAACAGUUAUCUUAAAUUAUUCAUUAGGGAGUAUAGAAUUACCUUUAUCUCAUGAAGCACCUGUCUGGCUUUUACCUGAAAUUUGAUACUGCAUUGUCUAUAGGUAAGAUAUAAGAGUAUAUAUGGCAGAGGGUCAAAUGACUUGUCUAAAGGAGUGGUCUGUCAAAUAAUGAAACAACAUUUUUAGUUAUUUCUUUGUAAUAUCUAAGCAAAUGUUAUUUAUUUUGGGAAAUAUGUACUAUUUAUAUAUAAAUAUUGUAUUUUUAGUCAUUGCACUGCUCAAUUUUUUAGUUUUAGGACAGAAUACAGAGAGAGAGUCUGUCAGUUUAGUAGACACUAGAAAAUACAGUUUUUUGUUUUAUGAGUCAUUUUUCAAGUGUUAAAAGUAAAUAAUAAAGUUAUUUCUGAAGAUAAAUAUAUUAGGUUUAUUAUAAUGGUACUACACAGUCAGUCUGUUUUAUCAAAUUAAACGUGAAACUCAAAAGACUUUACAAUCAAGGGCAACGAUGAGAAAGUGAAAUAGUUUACAAGCUAAUUCAGGCUGUCUGUCUUUAUUAUAUAAAAAGAAAAUGGCCAGAAAUACGACAAAAAUAUAUAUAAGUUACGAUUUAUCCUAAAUUAAUUUCAUUGAAAAUCUUACAAACUGUUGUCUGUCAGUAAUCUAAGUGUAUAGCACAUUAGGCAGGAAUUCAGCUUUCCUCCACCGUGUGAAUCAUCUCUAUACUGAGAACAACGGGCUCAUUAUUUGGGAGGAGAUUGAAACUCCGGAUUGUGAUUGGAUGCUGCCAGCAGGUAGACACGGACAGGUACUCACUCAGGCAUCCGAAAAUUUCUUAUUUUCUUAGGGCGUUCAUUUCUUCUCUCUUGUUCAUCCUCAAGGUUUAUGUAAACUAUUUUUGUGAAAUUAAGAACAUGUAUCGUUCUCAAAACAAGACAUUGUUUAUCCGUAUCUCGGCGCGAUUGAGGUCUAUUCGGCUUUAAAUAAUUUUGUGCUUUAAAAACAAAACGCGCAUCACACGGACGGAGCUCAUUGCAUUUUUUUCACACAUCUGACUGACAAAUAUUAUUUCUUGUUGGAUAUAGGACCUCUGACAUUACAAGUAAGUGUUUGUUCUUUGUUGCAUUAGACCCCAAGGGUCAUCCUAAGGGCAAACAACCUAAUUUAGGUUUUAAAACAUUUACAUUAUUCUUUACAGAAGACUCUGUCAACACAUUAGAAUGACUGAUUCACUUAAAUCGAUUCACUUGCUGAUUCUCUUGGUUGGGACAGGUGUGUCAACAUGUGAUGCACAAGCAUGUGGUAAGCCACCACUGGGAAAACGCAUUGUAGGAGGAGUUGAAGCAUCGGAAGGGGCAUGGCCAUGGCAAGUGGACAUCCAAACGGUUACGAAUGGCCAUAUUUGCGGUGGAUCCAUAAUUGCAAGAAAUUGGGUCCUUUCUGCAGCACACUGCUUUCCUAAGCCUUCGGAAGUGUCUUCAUAUAAUCUGUACAUGGGACGUUAUCAGCUCAAUGGCAAUAACCAGUUUGAGAUUGUCAGUCAGGUGCAGCGAGUGGUUGUUCCAGAGGGAUACUCUAACCCGCAGGAGGGCAGAGACUUAGCUUUAGUACAGCUGCGCUCCCCGGUCACUUGGUCAGACAGGAUCCAGCCUGUGUGUCUGCCUCAUGCUGGCCUUCAGUUUGAAAGUGGAACCUUAUGUUAUGUCACAGGCUGGGGCCACACUCAAGAGGGGGUAUCCCUCACUGGAGCUAGGACACUGCGGGAAGUGCAAGUGCCCCUUAUUGACCAGUAUUCCUGCCAAUCCAUGUACCAGAUUCCACCAUCUGAUUCAGAAAAGGUGAACAUCCUAUCAGACAUGAUCUGUGCCGGAUAUGUGGAGGGAGGCAAAGAUUCCUGUCAGGGGGACUCUGGUGGCCCUCUAGUUUGUCCUGUUGUCAAUGGGACAUGGGUUCAGGUAGGAGUGGUAAGUUUUGGACUUGGGUGUGCUCAAAGAAACCGACCAGGUGUCUACUCCAAAGUCUCAAGUUUUGCGAGCCUCAUCCGCUCCACAGUUCCAGAAGCUCAGUUGUUGGGUCAUGCUUCAAAGAGUGAAAGUCAAACGCUUUUGAUUCUAGGCCUCUUUUUUGCAUUAGUGCUCUUUUGGAUACAGUAGAUUAGUUACGUUGAUGUACCACACGUACCAGGGAAAUUUAACGAAAAGUGUGGUUAUGGUAUUGUGUAAAAAGCAGCAAACCCGGUUUGCUGGUGUCGCAUUGACUUGCCAUGAUGCUGUGUUUUGAAUGCUGUCAUGAUGGUAAAUGUUAUGAAUGAAUGUAAGACAAAACAAGUGCACAUUUUUAUUAAGGAUAUAAUAUGUGACAUGAUGAAAUGAAAAAAAAUAUUCCUAAGAUUCCUAAGACCUCCAAACACUUUAAAAGCCAAUAUCCUAAAUCAUGACUUUAUAGAUCUUGUUUUCAAAUUUUAAAUAAAAAAUGAAAUGGCCUUUACUGCAUAUUGUUGCACAUUACAUAUUACCAUGUCAUUUAACAUCAGUGUUGUAAUCUCAUUUGUCUUAAAAGUGGUAUGCUCCCUUUUGCACCAUUCCUCUCUUUAUUCGUUUUUAUGCGUAUGACAUUGGUUUGUUUAGCUUUUAAUUUUCAUUUGAAAUCUUAUCAAUUAUGAUAUGCAUACUUGUCGUGGUCUCUCCCUUCUCCCUUUUUUUUUAACAAUGUAAAGCAUGUUUAAUGGUUUUUAUACAUAAAAUGUGUUACAUGCAGUUGUUCAUAUGAUUUUUGUACCUAAUGAAAACAAUAAACCUCAAGAACUGUUGUUUCUAGUG